CUGAAUGGCGUCCCAUGUGAUUUGGCACAGAGGGGAACAGAGCACAAGUCCUGGAUGAGCUUUGAGCCAAAAGCACUCUGGUGCCCGAUUUUUAUCGACAUACCUCCGUCUGUCUGGUCCGCAGAACUGAGCCAAACGAUUCACGGUGCGUAAUUACGCAUAGGGACGUUAUAUCCGUGGAAAGCUGCGGACAAAGGAAGACAGACGGGCUGGAGUACAACAGCUGAUUUGAGAAGAGAGGAGUACUGUUAGAGGGUUAACGGGAGAAAUCUGGAGUCGGAAGUGAUUUGUCUAUUUUUCUGAGGAUUUGGUGGAAGAAGCGAAUCAGUUUGCAAACCGAGGAGAAAAGGACAAAAAGUGGCGUGGUGAGUGGAAUCAGUUCCCCAAACAACACCCAGAUUCACGGAGCAUGGGAGAAGUUGUCUGUGAGCUGUAAAAUGUUCCCGCUACACCGAGAGAGGGAGCAGCCCAUCUUCAGCGCCAGAGCUCAUGUCUUCCAGAUUGACCCGGCCACUAAACGAAACUGGCUGCCAACCAGCAAACACGCCGUCACCGUGUCCUUCUUCUACGAUGCCAGUCGUAGCGUCUACCGCAUCAUCAGUGUUGGUGGGACAAAGGCCAUCAUCAACAGCACCAUCACCCCCAACAUGACCUUCACCAAAACCUCCCAGAAGUUUGGUCAGUGGGCAGACAGCAGGGCCAACACGGUCUACGGACUGGGCUUCUCCACGGAACAGCAGCUGCAGCAGUUUGCAGAGCAGUUUAAGGAGGUGAAGGAGACGGCCCGUCUGGCCAGAGAGAAAUCUCAGGAGCGGUUUGAACUAGCCAACCCUGCGCUCAACAUUGCAGCUCCAGAGCUCUCCCAGGAAUUGUCGGAGGAUCAUCAUUCUCCGCCGCUGCUCGCAGUCAACGGGCCGGGCGAGGAAAAGCUGUUUCGCAGCACGAGUGCCGAAGUGGAGCUGACGACAGAGAAAGAGAGGGUCAAAAAGAUGUUGUCUGAAGGGUCAAUGUGUGAGAUAAACCUGGAGGCUGAACUCUUCACCCUGCAGGACAGUAACUCCAAGCUGGUGGAAGCACUGCAGGAAGCCAACAGCAGUGUUGAGCAGUGGAAGAAACAGCUGGCUGAAUACCAGGAGGAGACCGAUCGCCUCAGAGACCAGGUGGCAGAGCUUGAGGCCCAGCUGGGGCAUCCUGCCGCGGGUCAGACUGCUAGAGAGGAGCUGACUCGCUCACUGGAGGAGCUGGAAGCCCUGCUGAGUGCCAAAGAUCAGGAAAUUCACAAUCUACAAAGCAAGAAAACUAAUGUGGGUGAGCUGGAGAAAGAGAGAGAGGAGGCAAUGCAGAGACUUCAGGAUCUGGAGAGACGAAACUGUGACUUGGAGGCUCGUGUCCAGAAUGCUGAAAAGACACUGAAAUCUAACCGGGAGGAGCAGGACCAGACGGAGGUUGAGGUCCGACACAUCAUCGAUGUUCUGGACGUCAAAAUUGGCGACCUGAAUGACCUCAGACAGAGCCUGGCAAAACUCAUUGACAAAUAGCCACAGCAGCAGUUGGGUUGCAUCUCCGCAUUCAACACUUGUUCCACCAUGCAGCCUUGAUUUGUGUUUCACUGGUUAAUUAGCAGAGCAACAAUUAAAGCAAUAUGGUGGGAAAUGGUAUAGGUGUUUACCUUUUAUGGAUCUGUGUUUUUAAGAUCAGUGCAGGUAAACAGCAGGUAUCAGAAACAAAAUUUAAAAAAAAUAACAUUGUAACAUUUCGUAUUGCAAUCUUGGUGGAUGUGAUUGUCGUAAACAGUUGACAGUUUGGUCUAACUGGCUACUACUUGUUUUCCAUAUCAUAGUUCCCAGCAGUUGCAUGUCCUUAAGCUCCUGAAGGGGAUAAUACCAUUUUUAUUUUUUUCACAAUCUGCCAACUUUAGCUUUAGAUGAAUUUGCUCCUGAAGAACAGUGCCCUUUUCCAUAACAUCGCAAUCCAGUGUACCUUAAGGCCAUGAACACCCGCACAGGUGUUAUAAAUUAAUCUGGCUAAUUGGACCAGAAACUCUUCCCAGGACUGUGUGGGUGUGUUUAGACUAAUUGACUGACAUGUUUCGAAGUCUUUUGUUAGCCUUGUUGCACCAGUUAAGGCAGGGAAAUUGACAGAUUUAUUGGUUUCUACCAUUCUUAUUGGUAGAAAAGAUGUGACCUAAUAAAUUCCCAUAUAAGCUCCAGCCAAUCUGCAACCUGAGCAGAGGUAUGAUCAGCCACGAAAACUGAACUCACCUGUGUGGCUGUUCAGAGGCUUAAAAUGCUGAUUAGUGGCUGCUGACAGUCUUUGCAGUGAUGGUCUCAAUUGUUUAUUGAAUAGUACUGAUGUCUCAAAUGGAAAGAUGAAAUGAUUAAUUAACAGAAAAUAAUACUUAACCUUAAAAAAAAAAGGGCACCAAAGCUGAUUUUAGGCUUGCUAUAUUGCAAAAAAAGACAUUUCUAAUAGGUAUCAAAAUAAUUUCAACUCGUUAUCCUCUUUUUUUUUUUGGGGUCAAAUGUAUCUUUUUAUUCAAUACAGAGUAAGCAAGCCACUUGUAUCAAAAUAUUGUUUUACUGAGCAAGAAGCAGGAGUAGCAGUAAAACUAUGAAAGAAUCAAAAGAUAAUGGCUUGAGGGUGUUUAGUAAAAGCUAUCGGUGUUGUUCGCCUGCAGAGCUGGAGGUCCCAACCAAUCAACCAUGUCUGAGCACAGACUAAAACUUCAGUCCUUUAACAGCAGGACUUGCAUCAGUGCUUGAGAUGGUUAGAAAAUAAAUUUAAAUGGACAAUUACAUUGUAUAUUAAACAUAAAUAUUUGAUAAUUCUGGACAUUUGGUUCAUAGGAACAACAGACUGUUCAUAAAUGUUUUGUUCCCUGCAGUUUGACCCAUUAAACUGCAUGAGGUCUACACAUAUUACUCUGUUUAUGAAUAGGUCUUUUGGAAAUGAAUUUUCUCAUAUUGUUAUUGGUAGAUCUUUUCAGUCACAGCAAAAAGACAAGUUAUACAUGUAAAUAAGUGUCUUACUUUUGCACAAUAACGACCUUGAUUUUUGUAUUUGUGUCAUCCUUCAACACUGUGGAGAUGCACCCAAUGGAGGUUUGGUCAGGAUAAGGACACAUGGAGGCAAAGACCUUGAAUAAAAUGAGCUCCAGUUCACUAGCAGCAGCCUGGACUGGUCUCACACCAGCCAGAACAUUAACAAACUCAGAGAUGCAACAACUUGCUCCCAUUCUGCCCUCAGAGGAUUGCCAGUAUACAACUUUGUUUCAUGUGGACUGUUCUUUUCUCUUAUUAUUCUAUUAUUCAUGUUCAUCGAUGGGUACUACUCUUACUCAGUCAGGGUGGAAAAUCACAGAUGAAAUUUCUGCUGAAUUCUGGUCGGCUGGUAGGUUUGUCUUCACCACUUUGACAGGAAGUUUAGCAUUUAAAGGAAAGAUGAAAUCCAGAUGUGGCUUAUGGUCAGAGAUGUCGCUUUCCUACCAUUUAGUUGAACUUGUGGUUACACUUGAUUAUAUUCAUGCCAAGUUUGAAUUUGUUUACAUCUCAGUUUUUCUUUAUGUACUUCCUCUGUGUUGCUCAACACUACCAUGAUAGUAAUAAUAACCCUCGAGCAGCUCAGCAGAGUUUAGAUCACAGAGCACUGCAUGAGCUCUGCAGAAGUCCUGUACCUCCCAAGGAAUGUGAAGCUGAAUGUGUGUAUGUAUGCACAAUACAACCUGAGGCUGCUGCAGUUGUUAAGCACAACUGCAGUAGUUUUAGUAAAUAGGUACUUAAUUGACUUGCUGUCAGCUUUGUAUGUGAACGUUUGAUGCACAAUAUCUAUCGGGCUUUGCUUCUCACCCCCUGAUGAGUUAUUGAUUUCUUCAUAUAAAGGUAAUAUAGGUACAAAUAAGAUGGUCUUUUGCAGCUGA